AUGGCGCCCGUGGUCUCAAAGCCGUUGAAGGCCGACACGAAGGCCUUCCUCCGAACAUUUUACACACGGCUCUCGUACCAGCCGAAAUGUGAGGCGCACAGCCUGAACAUCCUAAAAUUCCUGGCGCGCUCGGGUGAGAAGAAGGAGAAGGCGACUUCUCCGGCAUACACCGAUGCCUCCACAGCCCUCCUGACGCCGCGAGGUGAGGAGACAGUAUCACUCCGAGCAGCCGCAUGCUGGACUCGCACUUACGCUGAGGAGGCGGCCCCCAAGCCGACCAGGCCCACGAUGUGCCGCGAGAGGCAUUGCUCCACAGGCUAUCUGGCUGGCUUGUGUGCGGAGCUGGAGCCAGCCGUGUUGGACCUGCGCAUCCCAGAGGAUAAGCAGGCCUACAUUAGGUCCUUCUACAAGGACCUCCAGGAUGGUCAAGCUAUGGUGGUGCCCCCUCACAUCCGGGAUGCAGACAAAUGGCCCCAGGCCCAGGAGAGGGCGUCCUCUCCCGACGGCGACGUGUCAGAUCCGCAACUGACGGCUGGGCCUGCUUUGACACGAGGCAUCACAUGCGAUGCGCAGCAGCGAGAAGCCUCGGACCCGAUGCAGCCGCGCAUGCGGCGAGAGAGGCGGCGCUCCUCCGAGUACCUGGCCUCGCUGUGCCCAUCGGUGCCCGCAGCGCUCGCCGAGUGGCCAGAGGCGGUGCACGAGCUCCUUGGGAGGUCGAACGACUUCCGCCUGCGCACGUGGCCGAAGGAUCCCGAGUCCGAGCUCUUGAAGUUCCAGAGUGGUGCGUUUUCCAUGCCGCAUGCGGGCAAGGUGGACGGAGGCGAGGACAGCCACUUCAUGGGCGCGAACCUCCGCUGCCUCGGGGUGGCCGAUGGUGUUGGCGAAUGGAGCUGCUUUGGCCUCAGCGCGCGGAACUUCGCCAAUGAGCUCAUGCUUGGCUGCCAGGAGUACUUCAUGACCAACAACCCUGGCGACAUUGCUGGAGACUUGAGAGAGCACGUGCUCGAGGCGCUCAAAAAGGCGCACCAGCAGACCAGGUCCUGGGGAUCCUCGACUGCCGUGGUGACGGCGCUGGGCAGGCGCGGGCAGCUGGGCAUCGCCAACUUGGGCGAUUCGGCACUGGCCGUCCUGCGCCGAGAGGAGGUCGGAGGUGGAAUGACCUGCAUCUGCCGCACCGAGGAUCAGCAGGUGAAGUUCAACCUCCCGUGGCAACUUGCUUGCUAUCCUGGCCCUGCAGACUAUCCACAGCUGAUGCGAGAAGGGGAGGAGAAGCAGAAACUGGUCAAGGCGCUGCAGCAGUCGCGCCGUCGAAAGGACCAUGGCCCUGAGGACUCGCAGCUUUUGAGCUGCCAAGUCCAGGAGGGCGAUAUGCUCAUCCUGGGCACCGAUGGAAUGUGGGACAAUCUCUACAUGGAAGAGGUUUGCCAAAUCGUCGCAGGGGCGGUGGGCCCGCUGGAGGAGGAGAACGGCCACUUCACCGAAGCUGCCCAGAUCGCCGAAGCCCUUGCCAAGGCAGCGCGUUGGCGCUCCCUGAGUCGCGAUGCAAGGACGCCAUUCUCGGACGCCGCGCGCAAGGCCGGCGUGAAGUACGAGGGUGGCAAGAUGGAUGACGUCACGUGUGUUUGCGCGUGGGUCACUUCCGACCGCAAAUGA